AUGGUCCCAGUUCAGCUCGCGCCCUUUCGCUGGAACAAGCAGAAGGCCGACGUCUGCGUCGGCUAUCUGCGCAUAAUUUUGCUACAUAAAGGGGACAACAUCGGGCCCAUCAUCGAUAUACUGGACAAAAUAGACGAUUCGGGAACACUUCCUCCCAUCCGUGCAUUCCCUUCCAGGGACGCAUUGAGGGAGCUAUCUUGGCCGGCCAUUUUUGGACUCUCCUUGUUCGCGUCGAGGAGCGAUAUCUCCUCGUUUGCGCGAGCCAUGCAGUCGAUCUGGCUUGUUUAUUUUUUGCAUAGCUUACGGUUUCAGGCCCUGGGCCGGGAGAUAUGGGGCCGCACGAUGCGCUCGGGCGCAUCAUUUGCUAGCGCGAUUUACCCACAAGACGAUCUCCGGUUAGGGCGUGAUAUUGCCGAAGAACUCGGCCCCGUCGAUCUCGUCGUGAGCCAACUGUACUUCGUCUGGAUGCAGGAUCGCGGGUAUCCUGGGAUGGGGCAUGGGAUGGACUAUGACUGGGUAGUCAAUGUUUCCAACCUGUGCUUCAGUGUCACAUCGACUCUUGUACACCGUCUUACAGAGAGCGGGCAAGAUCGAGAGGAGUUCUUGUCCCAGGUCAGGCAACAUAGCUUGGCCGCGGACAAGCGUCUGGCGUUUAUUCUAGCCGCAGUCAACUGGAAGACCAAUUCGGACCUCCAAAACAAGAUCGAAACCCUCAACAUUGCUUUUCAGAUAACGCCGGCACUUUCAGGCGCUUUUGUCCAGUCGCUCUAUAUUGCCAGCCUAUUUGGCCACUCCACGGUCCCUCUCGGUCGGUUUGAAGCGCUACCCAUACCAACCAGGGUGGCUAUUCGUCCGCCUACUGAAAUAUGGCCGGAGCUUCAGAGGCUUUGUAUCUGGUGUGGCCAGGAUAGCACGAAGGCACUGGCGGCAUUCGCACAAGCCAGCCUGCUCAACGUACAGAUUUCUUCCUCGUGUCCUCCCCCCUCCUGA